GGCACAUGGAUGGGACUUGCAGUGGAUCUCAUCGUCGGAGGCACAUGCCGAUAUUUUCAAAAAAUAAUGUUACAAUUUGGAAACAACUCAAAUUUAGAGUCCAGGGGAUAGAUUUAUUGAACGGAGUCAAUUUUUAACUGCCUUUCGCGUAUGUGAUAAUAAUAAGAUGCGAUGUAAAUGACAGUGUUUUGUCUUUUAAGCCUCGAUUACUGCAAUUAAUGAUGUGUUUUACCCGUUCGCUAUUCUGACCGAGAUUCGUGAAGAAAUCCAUUCUACAUAGGAGUCUGCCCUCUUUUUCUCUCCUGGCGGAGUGGUCGCGUGGGCGCUUGAGCCAAUUGAAAUUGAUUGACGGAUUUUCCGUACAAUGAAAGCGCAGCCGGGAUUUCUCAGCUCAAGCUACAGCCAAUCACCGCGCGCAAUGGGCGGAACUCCAGUCCAAACUUUACGCGGCGCCAUCGGCUGAAAACUAAACCGAGAUGGAAUCUCCCAGUCUGAACCGGUUUCAACCGGUUGCGAGUUAGUUGCUUGAGAGAGGAAAGGAGGCGCAGGCACACAACCUCUAUACCGCCCCGCUGGAAAUUUAAUAAGAGUAACGCAUUUAUUAGGUUUGUGAAUCAACGUUUGUUUUGUUUCGUUAAAAUGUCUUGGAAUGACGGAUUGCUGGCUUUGCCUUGAUAGUAGUUUUGGGAUCCAAUCAGUGGUUAUUAGCAGUCAGACAUCCCUCGCUGCUGGAGCUGGAGAUAGUCAACGCUGCAGAAAUAGGAAAGCUUUUCUUAUCAACUGUGAUUUCAAGUGUUCACUAUAUCUUGUGCGUUCUGUAGCUAACGCCGCACUUUUCAAUCAGAGCCUCGGACUAUAGAGCUCUAUGCCAGCAAUUAUGACAAUGUUAGCAGACCAUGCAGCACAGCAGCUGCUGGACUUCAACCAGAAACUGGAUAUCAACCUGCUGGAUAAUGUGGUGAACUGUUUAUAUCAUGGGGUGGGACCACAGCAAAGGAUGGCGCAAGAAGUCUUGACACACCUCAAAGAACACCCAGAUGCUUGGACAAGAGUGGACACCAUCCUGGAGUUCUCCCAGAAUAUGAACACCAAAUACUAUGCUCUUCAGAUCUUGGAAACUGUUAUCAAAACAAGAUGGAAAAUUCUUCCCCGGAAUCAAUGUGAAGGGAUAAAAAAGUAUGUUGUCGGUCUCAUUAUUAAGACGUCAUCUGAUGCUGCAAAUGUGGAGAAAGAAAAGGUCUACAUUGGAAAGCUGAACAUGAUUCUUGUUCAGAUCUUGAAGCAGGAGUGGCCCAAGCACUGGCCCACGUUCAUCAGCGACAUUGUCGGAGCAAGCCGAACCAGUGAGAGUCUUUGUCAGAACAACAUGGUCAUUCUCAAACUGCUUAGCGAGGAGGUCUUUGAUUUCUCCAGUGGCCAGAUGACCCAGGUCAAAGCGAAACAUCUGAAAGACAGUAUGUGCAAUGAAUUCUCCCAGAUAUUCCAGCUUUGCCAGUUUGUUAUGGAAAAUUCCCAGAAUGCCCCCCUGGUUCAUGCUACUCUGGAGACCCUCUUACGUUUCCUUAACUGGAUUCCUUUGGGCUAUAUCUUUGAAACCAAGCUAAUCAGCACAUUAGUGUAUAAGUUCCUGAACGUGCCCAUGUUCCGGAACGUGACACUGAAGUGUUUGACAGAAAUUGCCGGAGUAAGUGUCAGCCAGUACGAGGAGCAGUUUGUCACACUCUUCACCCUGACGAUGUGUCAGCUCAUGCAGAUGCUUCCCCCCAACACUAACAUCCGGCUGGCCUAUGCCAAUGGAAAGGAUGAGGAGCAGAACUUUAUCCAGAACCUCAGUCUGUUCCUCUGUACCUUUCUGAAAGAGCAUGGGACACUCAUUGAAACACGGAUUAGCCUGAGAGAUACAUUAUUGGAGGCUCUUCACUACAUGCUGCUGGUGUCAGAGGUGGAAGAGACUGAAAUCUUUAAAAUUUGUCUGGAAUAUUGGAACCAUCUGGCGGCCGAGCUGUACAGAGAGAGUCCGUUCUCUACGUCCACAUCCCCGUUGCUGUCUGGCAACCAGCACUUUGACGUGCCGCCACGCAGGCAGCUGUACCUGCCUGUAUUGUCCAAGGUUCGUCUGCUGAUGGUGAGCAGGAUGGCCAAACCAGAGGAAGUACUAGUGGUGGAGAAUGACCAAGGGGAGGUGGUCAGAGAGUUUAUGAAGGACACAGAUUCCAUAAACCUCUACAAGAACAUGAGAGAAACACUUGUAUACCUGACUCACUUGGACUAUGCAGACACAGAGCGUAUAAUGACUGAGAAGCUUCACAACCAGGUGAAUGGCACUGAGUGGUCCUGGAAGAAUCUCAACACGUUGUGUUGGGCCAUUGGAUCUAUCAGUGGGGCAAUGCAUGAAGAGGAUGAAAAGAGGUUCUUGGUCACAGUCAUAAAGGAUCUGUUGGGUCUGUGUGAACAAAAGCGGGGAAAGGACAACAAGGCCAUUAUCGCCUCCAACAUUAUGUACAUCGUCGGCCAGUAUCCUCGCUUUCUCAGAGCCCACUGGAAGUUCCUCAAAACGGUGGUCAACAAGCUCUUUGAGUUCAUGCAUGAGACCCAUGAUGGAGUUCAGGACAUGGCCUGUGACACAUUCAUCAAGAUUGCCCAGAAGUGUCGACGGCACUUCAUCCAGGUACAGGUGGGAGAGGUGAUGCCUUUUAUUGACGAGAUCCUCAACAACAUCAACACCAUCAUCUGUGAUCUGCAGCCACAGCAGGUGCACACGUUCUAUGAAGCUGUCGGUUAUAUGAUCGGCGCACAGACAGACCAGGCUGUACAGGAGCAUCUUAUCGAGAAAUACAUGUUGCUCCCAAAUCAAGUUUGGGACAGUAUCAUUCAGCAGGCCACCAAGAAUGUGGACAUUUUGAAGGAUCCAGAGACUGUGAAACAACUGGGCAGCAUCCUAAAGACCAAUGUCAGAGCCUGUAAGGCUGUUGGACACCCAUUUGUCAUCCAACUGGGACGGAUUUACCUCGACAUGCUCAAUGUGUACAAGUGCCUCAGCGAGAACAUAUCUGCUGCCAUUCAGACAAAUGGUAUGGGAGGUGAGAUGGUGACCAAGCAGCCUCUGAUCAGGAGCAUGAGAACUGUGAAACGAGAGACCUUGAAAUUGAUUUCGGGCUGGGUCAGCCGAUCUAAUGAUCCGCAGAUGGUCGGAGAGAAUUUUGUCCCUCCGCUGCUAGACGCUGUCCUCAUCGACUAUCAACGCAACGUCCCAGCUGCCCGAGAGCCUGAGGUUCUGAGCACCAUGGCGACUAUUGUCAACAAACUGGGGGGACACCUCACCACUGAGAUCCCCCAAAUCUUUGACGCUGUCUUCGAGUGCACUCUAAACAUGAUCAACAAGAACUUUGAAGAGUAUCCCGAACACCGAACUCACUUCUUCUACCUGCUGCAAGCCGUCAACUCGCACUGCUUCCCUGCGUUCCUCGCCAUCCCCCCUGCCCAGUUCAAACUGGUGCUGGACUCCAUCAUCUGGGCCUUCAAACACACCAUGAGGAAUGUUGCUGACACCGGUCUGCAGAUUCUCUACACGAUGCUUCAGAACGUGGCCCAGGAGGAAGCCGCAGCUCAGAGCUUUUACCAGACGUAUUUCUGUGAUAUCCUCCAACACAUCUUCUCCGUGGUCACCGACACAUCUCACACUGCCGGUCUGACCAUGCACGCGUCUAUCCUGGCCUACAUGUUCAACCUGGUGGAGGAAGGCAAGAUUACCACUGUACUGAACCCCGCCUCUCCCGCCAGCAACCAGGUGUUCAUUCAGGAGUACGUAGCCAACCUGCUCAAGACGGCCUUCCCUCACCUGCAGGAUGCUCAGGUGAAGGUGUUUGUAACUGGACUGUUCAGCCUCAACCAGGACAUUCCUGCCUUCAAGGAGCACCUUCGGGACUUCCUCGUCCAGAUUAAGGAGUUUGCUGGCGAGGACACGACGGACCUGUUCCUGGAGGAGAGGGAAGCGUCGCUUCGUCAGGCUCAGGAAGAGAAACACAAAAUCCAAAUGUCGGUUCCAGGCAUCCUCAACCCGCACGAGAUCCCCGAGGAGAUGUGCGACUGACUCCCGCUCGCUGGGCCGCCACGUCAAACUGUCCGACUAACUCAACUAACCGCAGCAAAGACAACAAAAGCCAAGAGAGGCACUUCAGCGCGAUGACUGACGGGAGGCUCCGCUCCCUCCACGGAGAGGAUGCCGGUCGUGCAAAACAACGCCAAUAACAUGUAAAUGAACCGUGGCCCUUUUUACAUAAUCUACGUUUUGUAUGGAGACUUUUUUCCUCUAAUCUCUUUCCACAACUUGAGUUUUAUCAGUCCGGCUUGCCGCUGAACUGCAUGAACAAGUCAACCAUCUUGUUUUUGUUCUUUGCUCCACUUCCCCUACUCCCUCCUCCCCAUAUAUUUGUUGAUAUAUAAAUAUAUAUAUGUGUGUGCUAAAUAUAUAUAUUUAUAUACAGUGAGAGAGGUUUCUGUUGAUCGGCAUCAAGAUUUGUAGAGUUGGAAGGUCUUUUUGAGGCACAUACACCGCUUGGUGGGAGAAUGAAUGGAACGGCUAAUGAAUGAAGGCUUAAAAGAUGUCAACAUCUUUUCAUUGUGAUUUGUGCGACACCUGAGUUGUUUGAACACUUUUCUAAGGAACGCAACAAUGUGCAUAUCAUCCCAAUUGUAUAGCAUCUUUAAUACCAUGGGAACAUAUUUUUUCCUCUUAUUCUAUUGUUUCUUUUGGUGUGCGUGUGUGCGCGUGUGUAUGGGUACUGUCGCGUAGUCGACAUCAGGCUUUUGUUUUCCUCUAAGAGGAUUGUUGCUCAUUUGCGAGCCUCCAUGAAUGAGACGUUUUAAAGUGGCAGAGGUAUUUAUGGGUUCUUGGUUGACGGCUUUCAACGUGUUCGGUUGUGCUCAUUUAGAUUGUUUACCACGCAGUAGUGCUUCAAGACACUACCUGUAGAGCAAAAUGACAAAUAAUAAAUCGGGUUUACAUUUAAUUUUGUAUUUUUGCCUUUUUCAUCCAUACGUGUUGAGUUCUGUUCAAAUAAACAAUUAGGCUCAAGAAUGUAUAAAUUCCGAGUAAGUACCCGUCUCGAAUGGCAAAUCUCCCUUCUCAAGGUGUUACAUUUGUUGUGAAUUUUUUUUUUUUUUUUGAACUGAUUAAAGUUUAGAGUUUUA